AUUAUUAUAAAUAAAAUUUUGUCAUCAUUUUCAUUUUAAAUUUAUUAUUAAAAACAAAAGUAAAGCAUCGUUUAACUAUUUUAGUAUGUCGAAACGUAAGAAAAAUUUAUUGGAGUAUUGUCAUGGUUGCUUAGCUAAAGAUAGACCUUUGGUUUCAAUAGAUAGCCUAUUUCACAUUUUUCUUAAAUUAAUGGAGAACAAGAUUGAUAUAAUCGGAAGUAAGGCGAACGUUCCGAAAAUGUGUUGGGAAUGCCGUGCAGCUUUACGUAAUUCAGAAAAGUUUUUAUUAAAAGCUACAAAAGCUCACAAAUUUUUGGUUGAGUAUCCUGCAAGAAAGGUUGAAAUCGAGAGCUUGUCUAAUUUAUCAACCGUAUUAUUAGACUAUUAUAACAUACAAGAAACUCACGAGGAUUACGUAGCAGAAACCGAUUUGGAAUCAAAUGACGUUUCUUCUCAAAUAAACGUUGAUUUAAAACAAGAAAAUUUAUCGAACGAUGAAAAUUUUGCCGAUGAUCAUCAUGAAGAUAUAAAAGAAGAUUUAGAAGUUGUAAUUGAUAUUAAGAGUGAAACAGAACUAACAAACGAAGAUAACAAAGUUGAUAUAAAAAAUGAGACAAAUGAAGAAAAAAAAUCAAUGAAAACGAAAUUUAAAAUCGUUACUUUAGCUGAUGACGAUUUCGAUUAUAGUAAGGCGUAUAAAAAAGUAACGAUUGAUGAAAAGGAGAGGAUAUAUUGGACGGAGAAAGACAAAAGCGCUAGGAAUUAUAGCACGUUGGCUUACAAGUGUGAGUUGUGUAUAUCGGGGCACGCGACAAAAGAAUACUAUGACAAGCAUAUGGCUAAAUUUCAUUCGAAGUCCAGCGGUAAAUUCCAAUGUGACAUAUGUAUGAAGAGAUACAAAAAUAAGAAGAAACUCAGGGAUGACAUCAGAGAGCAUUACAUGAAGUAUGUGUGCUUGUUGUGCGACUAUGAAAACCGGCGCUGGUGGAAACUACAGUCACACUUAAACACACACAAACGAGCUUUUAUGUGUCUAACGUGCGGAUUGGAGUUUGGGUCGCAUAACAUUUUCUACGAACAUUACAGGAGAUUGCACGACCGAGUUAUUUGCGAUUACUGCGGGAAGAAGUGGAGUAAGAAGCAGUUUCUAAUCAAACAUAUCAAGCAACGUCAUAACGAACACAGAUGCGAGAUAUGCAACCGUAGCUACGCCUCAUUCGAAUCUCUCACAAGUCACAAUAGACUACACCACGUGUUGGUGAGAACCGAGGAGUCCUACUGCGUCGAGUGCGACGUACAGUUCGACAACGUGUCGAGGUAUAUGGUUCAUCUGAAGACUAGCGUCAAACAUAAGACCUACGCGGGAGUGCCCUGUCCCGUUUGCAAUAAGGUCUACCACAAAAAAUAUUCGAUGACAAAUCACUACAGGCAUGAACAUCUGAAGAAGACUCCGUACCAUUGUGAGAAAUGUUCCAAGUACUUCCUCAACAGUUACCGCCUGCGACUUCACAAAGAACGAACUCACGACAAAAUACAGCCUCCCAAAGACAAGGUGUGUCCACACUGCGGCCGUGGAUUCGCUACCAACCGUAUUCUGAACAACCACAUCCGGACACAUACUGGUGAACGUCCUUUUGAGUGUGACAUCUGUUCAAACAAGUUCACGCAGAAGUACGCACUUACUGUACACAGACGGUCCAUACAUAAAAUAAAAUAAUUUUCUAAUUAAAA